AUGAUGCUCAAGUAUGUGCGCCACGCCGAGGCUAACCCCGAGACCCUGCUCACCCGCUUCUACGGCGUGCACCGCGUCAAGCCCUCGCACGGCCGCAAGGUGCGGUUUGUGGUGAUGAACAACGUCUUUCGCACUGACCUGGACCUUCACCGCAAGUACGACCUCAAGGGCUCCACCUACGGCCGCACCGCGGGCCCCCGCCCCAGCUCCGCGGCCAUCUGCAAGGAUCUCGACCUGGAUGUGUGCUUCAAGGUCGACCCCAAGCUGCAGGCCAGGGUGGCCGCGCAGCUGGCGGCGGACGCUGCUUUCUUGGAGGAGAUCCGGGUGAUGGACUAUUCUAUGCUGCUGGGGGUGCACCGCAGGCACCUGGGAGAGACCAGCGCCUCGCCGCUCAAUACCGACAAGGAGGACGACGAUGCGUACCUGUCGGCUGAGGAGGCGGCGGGACUGGAUGAGGCGGAGGGCAGCGACGAGGGCAGCGAGGAGGAGGAGGGGGAGGGGUCGUACGCUUUCCACCCAGCCUCCAGCGCCAGCCUGCUGCCACCCACCUCCUCCGGUAGCCUCCUGCCGGCCACGUCGAGCGGCAGCUUUGCGGGGCCGCCGGCCGCGCUGCGUCAGGCGGCAGACAGCCGGCGGGCGCGGCGCUCCUCCUCAGGCCUGGCGGUGGCGCCCACCCCAGACACCGACGCCGACGUCAUGCGCAGCGUGCACAGCAUGACGGUGGAGCAGCAGGCGCAGCAGCUGUCGCCCAGACCCGAGAGCCGCAGCCCGUCCUUCCUCCUCAAAGGCGCCUGGCGCUCCUUCACCGCCGGCAGCGGGCAACGGCGCGGCUCGCAGCCGCAGCUGGCGCCCGCGCUGGGGCAGCAGCCCGGCCAGACGCAGCAGCCGCCUGCCUCUGCACAGAUCACGCCUCGAGUGCAGCCCUCCAUCCUGCCCACGCCGCGCAUGGCCGCCGCCGCCCCGGUACCGCAGCUGCUGCCCAACGGCAGCAGCAGAUUGCAGCCGCCGGCGGCGGCUUCGCCGGGCAUCGGCGCUGCGCUGCGUGCCGCCGCCGCCUUCGAGGCAGACGCGGGCGGCGAGGCGGCGGCCGAUGCGGCGCCUGCGCAGCCGGCGAUGAAUGGCGAGGCAGGCGGCCGGCGGCAGGCCAAGGCGCGGCAGGCGGAGCCGCGCUUGGAGCAGCAGCUGGCGCAGCAGCUGGCGCAGCAGCUGCGGCUGGAGGAGGGGCAGGAGGCGGCGGCGGGGGAGCAGCUUGACCCGCUGCCUACCUGGCGGUCUGAUGCGGUGCAGCUUCCCGAGCAGUUCCUCCUGCCAGACGGUAUCCCGGUAUCCCCCACCGCCAGCCUGGAUACCACCGGCAGCAUGCACCGGGGCCGCGGCAGGCAAGCGUGGCUGCUGCGCCUGAGCCGCCGCGCGUUGCAUGCGGCGAUCGCCGCGCCGGCUCUAGGCUCCAUCCUUGAGCAGCCCGGAUCUGGGCGGGAGCAGGAGCAGGAGGAGGAGCCGCAGGCUGGGGAGGAGCGGCAGCGGCAGGGCGAGGCGGCGCAGGCAGCAGCGGCAGACGCGGCAGCGGGAGCGGGCGGCGGCGGGGAGCCAGGAUCAGCGAGCGAGAGCACACCGCAGCCGGGAGCGCCAGCCUACCACCCCCACCGAGCGCCCUUUGGCGGCAGCACCGCCUCGCCGCAGCCGCCGCUGGUGGCGGCGGCGGCGGCAGUAGACGCCUCCCCGGCCAGCAGCCUGGCCAGCAGCGCCGCCACCAUGCCCACCUCUGCAUUUGCCUCGGCGGCGGCGCCGCGCGGCCUGCCGCUGCCGGGCGGCGUGCCGCGCAUCGCGCUGCAGGCGGUGCCGCAGCCCUCGCUGCAGCCGGCAGGGGAGAGCAACGACUGGAUGGAGUAUGCUCAGAGCGUGAGCGAUGCGGGGCUGUCGGGGCACGGCUCCGACCUGCGCAGCAGCAGCCGGCGCCAGCGCAGCGCCACCCCCGACAGCGACGCCGCCUCCACACCCAUCUCCAGCUACCGCCGCCACACCACCCCGCUGCCCGCCGGCGGCGGCAUCGUAGACGUCAGCCGUCUGCUGCAGCAGGGUGGCAGCCCCAGCCCGCCUGUGGCGCCCAGCGGCCGCGGCCCGGCCUCGGCGCCCGCCACCUCGCGGCCGCCGGCAGCGGUGUCGACAGGGGGCAGCGGCGGCGGCGCCGUCCACCGCUUGGCGCACGCGGCAGGGCCCGAGCCGCCGCCGCCGCCGUCUGGCAGCGCGACGGCGCGUCCGGCGGCGGCCGACAGCGCCUCCGAAGCGCCCUCCCCCGACCAGCCGACCCCCGCCAGCGGCGGCAGCCGCGGCCGCGACGGCACGGGCCUGGCGCGCACUGCCAGCGCGCCCGCCGGCGCGCUGCUGGCGGCGGCGACGGUGGAGGGGCAGCGCCGCCACCUGGCGCACCACCGCGGCAUGAGCAUGGUGGUGGGCAGGGAGGCAUCGGUGGUGGACCUGGCUUCGCCCGAGGCAGCGGCGGUGGCUGGUCGCAUCACCACACGCCUCCCCCGCAAGGUCACCGACCAGCUGGUGCAGGACCUGGUGAAGCUGGCGCGGUACCGCAUGGUGGGGGCAAUAUCCCACUCCCCCUCGGCCCGCCAGAGCCGCGUGCCCACCACCGUGCUGGCUGCCCGCCACAUGCGGCGCAGCAGCGGCGGCGCCUCCCCCCACGCCCACCACCACCACCACUCCUCCCAGGAUGAGGCAGGCGCGGUGACCCCCGGGGGCCCAGGGGCAGGGCCAGGGGAGGAGGCGGCGCCGCCGCCGCGCCUGGGCAUGGGCAUGCCGGCGGUGGCUGUGAGCCAGCAGGCGGGGCAGGGGCCGGAGGAGGUGGUGCUGUUCUUCGGCAUCAUCGACUUCCUGCAGGAGUACAACAUGCGCAAGAUGCUGGAGCACUCGUUCAAGGCGGUGGUGCAGGACGCCAAGGGCAUCUCGGUGGUGGAGCCGCGUGCCUACGCCAAGCGCUUCCUAAAGUUCAUGGACCGAGUGUUUCCGCCGCCCGGCAGCAGCGGCAGCAAUGCCUAG